GCACGACCAGACCAGGAAGAGAGCGAGGUGGAAUGCCGCCAUGUUGAGUUGGAGAGGCACGACCAGACCAGGAAGAGAGCGAGGUGGAAUGCUGCCAUAUUGAGUUGGAGAGGUUCAGAACUUGAAAUGUCACUCAAAGGGAAGGUGAUUUAACCCCCUCCCCACCUUUAAAUUGGGUCUGUGUCAUCUAACAUACUAUUCGGCCAGCCUGGUCCAUAAUUUCUGGUUGCACACCCUGAUUGAAUCACCAUUGACUGACUGAAUGAAGAGACAGGUGAUUUAAACUUAAAGGAUCAUAGAUCAAAGAAUCUGAGCAUGGAUCCCUCUCGUAAUUGGGCCCAGGAUGUGUUACGGUGUCGUCUCUGUGAGACCCCGGGCCCCCCUAUGUACUGUGACAUUUGUCACAUACAUCUGUGUAAAGCCUGUGUGGGGGAACAUCUCUCUGAUUUAUCCAAGGAACACAAAGUGCUGCCAUUUGAAAAGAGAGGAUCUACUCCUAAAUGUUCAAAACAUUCCACAAAACUAUGUGAACUUUACUGUGAACAAUGUGACAUUCCUAUUUGUGCAACAUGUGCUUCCUCUAAAGAACACUAUAGUCACAAGUUUAUUGAAAUAUCUAAAAACAUUGACAGCAAGAAAGAAUUAAUUCAAAAAGAUUUACAAGAACUAGAGAAAUCCAUUUAUCCCAAAUACCAAGAAAUUGCAUCCAUUAUCCCAGUCCAAAAAUCUGCUCUGAAUGAAAACUCCCAGAAAUUAACAACAGAAAUCGACAAACAUGGAGAAGACUUGCACAGAGAAAUAAACACCAUUAUCAGAAACAUGAAAUCUAACAUGGAGGAAACGGACACCAAACACCUGGCUGUCUUAGACAAACAGGAAGAUGAAAUUAAACACACCAUUUCUGAAAUCACACAGACCAUUACUGAACUAAAGACGUUACUGGACUCCAAUGAUGUCAGUCGUGUCUCUGCCUACAAAUCCAGGAAUGAUGAAUUCAGAAGAUUGCCUCCUAAACUCACAGUGUCCUUACCAAGUUUUACCCCUCAGAAGAUCAACAAAGAACAGCUUUAUCAACAGUUUGGUUCUCUGUCAGCGUCAUCUAUCAAAACAGAAGAACAUGGCUACACCAUGGAAUCUCCCGGUGCUGAGUCCUCUCCCCCGGACAGACCGCUCAUUGAUGUACCACGGAUCAUCACACAGAUAGACACCAAGUAUAGAGAAUUACACAGUGUGUCCUGUCUGAGUGAUGAGGAGAUGUGGACGCGUGGUUAUGAUGACAACAUCAUGAGACUCUACAACCUCCGUGGGGAACUAGUGAAGUCAGUCCAAACCAAGUCAGGGAACGGUCCAUGGGACAUAGCAGUGACAAGGAGUGGGGAUCUAGUUUAUACUGAUAACAAUGAUAGAACUGUGAACAUAGUCAAGAAUACACAGAUACAGACAGUGAUUGAACUACAGGGGUGGAUACCUCUCGGUGUCUGUAGUACCUCCUCUGGUGACCUCCUGGUUGUCAUGAACAGUGAUGAUAAACAAACAAAAGUUGUGUGUUACUCUGGCUCCACAGAGAAACAAAGUAUUCAGUACGACGACAAAGGACAACGUCUCUAUUCAUCUUAUGGCACUAAAUACAUCAGUGAGAACAGGAACCUAGAUAUCUGUGUGUCGGACUAUAGAGCCCGUGCAGUAGUGGUGGUCAAUCAGGCCGGGAAACUCCGGUUUACCUACACUGGUCGUCCCUCUACUACCAAGGGAUCAUUCCAUCCAUACGGCAUCACAACAGACAGCCAGGGUCGAAUCCUGACAGCAAACGGUAACAACCACCGUAUCCACAUCCUGGAUCAGGACGGACAGUUCCUCCGCUACAUUGUCAACUGUCAUUUACAGUCUCCACACGGUUUAUGUGUGGACACCAGAGACAACCUCUUUGUGACUGAGUGUUACACAGGUACAGUGAAGAAAAUACAAUAUUACAUGUAAACAAACUGUGUAUAAUUAUCUAUCAAAUCAAUGUAGGUAGAUAAACUGUUACGUGUAGACUAUGUAAACAGACUGUGUACAUAUAUUACAUAUAGAUAACGUGUUCAUCUUUAUUAUAAUAUGUCAGAAAACUCUGUUUAUAUACCACAACAUAUAUAUGUGUGUGUGUGCAUAAAAUUAUAAUGUGUAUAACAUUAUGUGACAACAAAUUAAUUAACUGUGUUUAGAUCUAUUUUAUCAUAUUGACUUUACUAAAAUGAUUCCUGUAUGCAGAAUAUUACAUGUACAUGUGUCAAAUUAUUGUACAUAAACAAAUCACUGAAAACAAACUUGAUUUAUACAUGGAUUUUAUUUGUACAAUGAGCUUUGUGCAUACAUUUUGGUCAAAGAUUUGUUUUUAUUUUUGAAAAUGAAACUUUUAAUUUAGAAAAUUGAUUAAUUUGAAAAACAAAGAGAAAUGAUCAAGUCAUAUGUAAUUUUAUCAAUGAAAUUUUCAUUAAACAAAUUGAUAAAUUAA